UUUUAAAGAAUAUUGUGGUUAGAUAAGAAACCGAUCCAAGAGACCUCAAAUGAGUCACUCCCAUGAAAGUAUACAUGUCCCAAAUUUCUCAUUUCUACUAGUUUCAAAGGGCAUUGUUGGAGACGAAUCUACGCAUUUCAACAUAUUGCCAAACUCCAAGAUGACUUCCUCCAAGACUUUGAAGUUUUGUGCCAAUCUCUCCAUGAUGUUCCAGGAAGUUCCACUGGCUCAACGGUUUAAUGCGGCCAAGGAGGCCCAAUUCAAGGCCGUGGAGAUGGCCUUUCCAUACGAGAUGUCGGCGCAAGAAAUUGCCCGCAUUAAAGAGGAAUCUGGUUUGGAGCAAAUCUUGAUCAAUGUGUUUCCCGGGCCGGCUUUGGGCUUUGCGGCCUUGGAUGGUCAAGAGACGGCCUUUAUGGAUAGCUUGGUCAAGUCUGUGGAAUAUUGCAAUGCACUCAAAUGCAAAAAGCUGCAUAUCAUGUCGGGUCGUCAAAUGGAAACCCAAGGAUCAGAAGCUACUCUUUUGAAGAACAUGCGAGCUGCUGUUCCAAUCCUGGAGCAAAAUGAGAUUGUCGGAUUACUUGAACCAAUCAAUGGGUAUUCUGUGCCGCAAUAUUUUCUCAACAACUAUGAAACGGCUCAAAGGGUGAUUGAAGAAUUGAAUAGCCCUAAUUUGCGCCUACAAUUGGAUAUCUUCCAUCUGCAAUUCAUCAAAGGCGAUUUGACCCACAAUAUCAAGAAGUUUCUCUCAAUCACCGGUCACAUUCAGUUGGCUCAAGUGCCUAAUCGCAACGAACCAGAUACCUUCGGCGAAAUCGACUACAAGUACGUCCUAGAUGUUUUGGAACAAGAAAAAUAUGGUGGUUGGAUUGGCUUGGAGUAUAACCCCAAGGGUGACACUGUCUCCGGCCUCAAGUGGAUUAAGGACUUUGGAUAUGAGCUCUGAUUCUCCUCCUUCUCUUUAAAAUGUCUUCCUUGCUUGUAUACUGAACACCUGUCAAAUGUUCCUCUUUUGGCAUCGACAAUAUAUUUUAUCUGAAACCACA